UAUUACACAACAAAGAAAGCGGCAAGUUGCCUUUCCUUUUUGCUUUGAUAUUUUAUUGCCUGGUUUUCAACAGUACUUGGUUAUCGACUGCUUUUGAUAGCAUUAUGUGGCUGCUCGUUUCGCUACUUCCGGUGCUCUUCAUACUUCCGGUACAGUUUCAACAUCCGGUCAGUUGCAAGCUGCAGCUGUACCGCGUUCCCCUGCGCCGCUUCCCCUCCGCCCGUCAUCGCUUCGAGAAGUUGGGCAUCCGGAUGGACCGGCUGCGUUUAAAGUACGCCGAGGAGGUCAGCCAUUUCCGUGGCGAGUGGAACUCGGCGGUGAAGAGCACACCACUGAGCAAUUACCUAGACGCCCAGUACUUUGGCCCCAUCACCAUUGGUACGCCGCCGCAGACAUUCAAGGUGAUAUUCGAUACGGGUUCCUCGAAUCUCUGGGUGCCAUCCGCCACGUGUGCGUCCACAAUGGUGGCCUGUCGUGUGCACAAUCGCUACUUUGCCAAGCGGUCGACCAGUCACCAGGUGAGGGGAGACCACUUUGCCAUCCACUAUGGCAGCGGCAGUCUGUCCGGCUUCCUUUCCACCGACACCGUUCGGGUGGCUGGCCUAGAGAUUCGGGAUCAGACCUUCGCGGAGGCCACCGAAAUGCCGGGUCCCAUCUUCCUGGCAGCAAAAUUCGACGGCAUCUUUGGAUUGGCCUAUCGCAGCAUCUCUAUGCAGCGCAUCAAGCCACCAUUCUAUGCGAUGAUGGAGCAAGGACUUCUAACGAAACCCAUAUUCAGUGUUUACCUUAGCAGAAAUGGCGAAAAGGAUGGUGGAGCCAUCUUCUUUGGCGGAUCCAAUCCGCAUUACUACACCGGCAACUUUACUUAUGUCCAGGUGAGCCAUCGUGCCUAUUGGCAGGUGAAAAUGGAUUCAGCAGUUAUCCGGAAUCUCGAGCUAUGUCAGCAGGGAUGUGAAGUGAUUAUCGACACGGGCACCUCUUUCCUGGCAUUGCCCUACGACCAGGCUAUACUUAUCAAUGAAUCCAUUGGGGGAACUCCCUCCUCCUUUGGACAGUUUCUAGUUCCGUGCGACAGCGUACCAGACCUGCCCAAAAUCACCUUUACCUUGGGUGGGCGUAGAUUUUUCCUGGAGUCUCACGAGUAUGUCUUUCGGGAUAUCUACCAGGAUCGAAGGAUCUGCUCCUCGGCGUUCAUUGCCGUGGACCUGCCAUCGCCCAGUGGACCGCUCUGGAUUCUGGGGGAUGUGUUUUUGGGCAAAUACUAUACUGAGUUCGACAUGGAGAGGCAUCGCAUUGGAUUCGCCGAUGCCAGGAGUUGAGGCCAUGUAUGCUGUUUGAUGUGCUUCUUGCUUUUUCAACAACUGGUUGCCAUAACACGCGAAUCAUCGAAAAAUACAAACGAAAAACGAACGUAACAUUUUACUUACAAGCUGGCAAAUACCCUUUAUUCACGUGUUUAAAAUAUUGUUCAUUUCGUCUAUUUAGAUACUUUUUAAUAAACCAUUUUGGAAUAU